AUGCGAAAUAAGAUUGGAGGAGAUUUUGUGAGGCCAGCUGUAACUCGCUUUGCCACUUCAUUUCUCACAUUGGCAAGCCUGCAUAAGAACAGGAGUGGAUUGAGGAAUUUAGUUGUUAGUGAUGAAUGGCAUGCUACCAGUUUCUCUACCACUCUUGAAGGCCGGCGAGUUGAGAACAUUAUCCUUUCAAUGCCAUUUUGGAAUAAAGUGGAAUUAUGCCUAAGAGCUUCACAACCACUUCUUGUAGCUCUAAGGAUAGCAGAUGGAGAUGAGACACCAGCAGCUCCUGAGAUUAUGGCAGCCAUGGAUGUUGCAAAGGCUGCAAUUAAGGAUUCUUUGCAACGCAAACUAGAUUUACUCAAAGAGGAAAAGGAUAGGAGACAAGCAGGAAGGCUGAGAAUCAUGUUUAAUCAAGUUAUGUGGAAGAUGGUGACUGAUGAUGAGGAGAAGAACAAGAUAAGCAAGCAGGCAGAAGACUAUGUCCAUAUAAAAAAGAGAAAUCGAUUAGAGCACCAAAUGUUAAAUAAGUUGGUAUAUGUCAGUUACAACCGCAAGAUGGAAAAUAGAUUUAAAAAAAAUAGAGAGCUGGGUUCCAAAGGAAAGAUAUGCAAUCCACUCUUGCUUGAUGAAUUUCAUUGGGAAAAUGAAUGGGUCAAUGAAAAUUGUGAACCAGAACCAGUUCAGGAAGGUGGUGGCGAUGCUAUGACUUGGGCUAUUGUGGAUGAGGCUAUUGGUGCAACUCAGGGUCUAGAGGGACGUAACUUGCCUAGGGCUGCUGCUACUCGUGCUGCUGUUGCUGCCCUUGUGAGGCAUACUUAUGCUAGGAACAGGAAGCGUCCAAGGAACACAGUGACUCUGACUCAAGAUAUUGAUGAAGUUGAUGAUGAAGACCAAGAUCAGCAUGUAGAUUCAGCAAUAGCAAUGGAGGAGGAUGAAGAAUCUGCACCAACUAAAACUAGAGAUGGACCAACUGGAGAUGGAGAUGGAGGCUUCACUUUUAAUGUUGAUUUGCUUAAUUAG